AAUUUUGACGCACCUAUGUAGUUUCUGUUAUCCAUUAAAAAGCGCAUCUCACAAAUCCAGUUACAAUAAAUAUUUACAGAAAAGAAACGCAACGUAACGAAAGUAAUAAUGAGAACUUUUUGUACUUUGCAAUCGCAAAAUCGGCGCUAUCUCUUAGAAGUGCGUUGAAAUAAAAAAUUUUUUGCUAACGUUGCUUUUGCGCUGAUAUACUUAUACGCAGCUUAAAAGUUAACCCAACGAUCCUGCCACUUGUUCAGCCGGCUUAGCUGUCCUUUUUCAGCUUGGAAUUUGGAUAGGGCAUUGCCGCAUUACUAAUGGAAGAAGACUUAGACGUUUACAAUGCAAACAAAAUAAGGAUUUUCUAGUUUGAAAACUUGCGUUAGUUCUAUAGAUUUUACCAUCACGAGCGGUAGAAGGGCCUGCAUGCCCAAGAGAUACCUAUACUUACUACGGUCAAGCCCUACAACAGUCCGAAACAGAACUGAUCUCGUAUAUCUCCAUCAAUAAACAGCCGCCACUGAGUACCUUGUGCGGUUUUUCGUAUAAACAAAGGACCGCACGACAGACAUAGAAAGGUUAUGUCGCCCAUUUAAGAUCUUAUUGUUAUAUUUGGGGAGUAAGGCCCCCAAUGUAGAACUUAUCAGUGAAUAAUUUUCUUAAGUUUGAGAUGACAGCCAUGGAAAAAUCUGAAUCAGGGACAAUGGAAAUAUGUGAACCUAUGGCAGUAUCAGUAGAAAAAUGUAAGUCUAUGACAGAAGGGGAUACAAGAGGAUCAAGAAAAAUGGAGACAGAGGAGACAGAGGAGACAGAUGCAGAUACAAGAAAACGCAUUAUGGAAGAAGAGUUUCAACCUGUUCUGACCAGGUUACCUUCAGACGAACCAAGUUGUGGCUCUAAUUGUAUUCGUAUUAAUAAAGAUCAGUUCAGAAUUGGCAGGAAACCAGAUAAUGACGAAGUAAUACUUAGCGUAUGGAUAUCUAGAAACCAUUGUGUCUUGCAUCGCGAUAAAAAUAGUGAUAACUGGUUUGUCACAAACUUGAGCUCUACUGAUACAUUGUUAAAUGGUGCACAUAUACCGAGAAAUUCAACUAGUAUUAUUCAAGAAGGGGAUGUUUUACAAUUAAGUUUAUCAGAUUGUUUUAAGUAUACAUUUUCAUACGUCAAAAAAGAUCGUGAGUGUAUUAAGUAUCCAAAACUAGAAGAAAACAAAUGCGAAUUGGGAAAUGUUUUGGAUAAACAGAGAUCGUUUGUUGCUUUUCAAGAAAGUGAAAGAAAGUAUCUUGAGAAACAGUUGUUGGAUAAACAGCUGGAACAGGAAAAUUUAAAGGAAGAACUAGAAAAACUUCUACAAGAUCAGAAAUUUACAAAAACUUGCAACAAUGAUUUGAACAAUCAAAUAGCAGAGCUACAAAAAAAGAUAGAGGUGGGUAACUCUACAGAAUUAGAAUUGCAGCAAAAGUAUCGAGAUUUGCUAGGAAAGUUAGAGGAGGAGAGACUCAAAUUUGAAGAGAAAUUGGCUCAAGAGAAGCAAAAAUGGCAACAAGUUUUGAAGGAGACCAAACAGGAAAAGGAAAAACUGGAAAUGUCUAUGGUGGAGCAAAUGGAAGAAUUGAGAGAAAAGCUGGAGAAGAAGCAGCAAGAAGAGUGGCAAAAGAAGAUCGAUAAUUUGCUGCUGGAAGAGAAGAAUGUUCAAUUGAAAUUGCAAAAUGAGAAGCAAUUAUUAGAACAUAAAUUAAAACAAAUGGAAGAAGAAUUAAAACAAAAAGAAGAACAGGCAAAACUUGAGCAACAACUGCAACUACAACAACAAGAAGAGCAACGGCUACAACUUGCACAACAGCAAGAACAGAUACAACAACAACAGGCACUGAUUGCUCAACCUAUAGACAUACAAAACUGCAUCAUAGUCGAAAUACCAGAGCUUGAAAUACCAAGCUCGAAUAAAUUCAACUUGAACAAUCAACUACCUACAAUGGAAACUAUAGAUUUGACAAGUGAUGCUGAGAGCACAAGUUCAAGUUUUAAAAAUUGUCAGGAUGAGGCUGUCAUUGACAAAGUCAAUAAUAUAAUGGAUGAACAACUGACCUGCAGCAUAUGUUCGGAACUCUUUGUCAGAGCAAUGACUCUCAAUUGCACACACACUUUCUGUCGGCAUUGUAUUGAUCUGUGGAUAGAAAGAAAACCGCCCAAUGAACGUCAAAACUGUCCUACUUGCCGUACUAAAAUAGUUUCGAUGACACGAUCGCUUGUAGUGGAUAACUUUAUAGAGAAAAUGCUAGAAACCUUAACACCAGAAGAAAUGCAAAAACGAAAAAAUCUAAUUCAAGAGCGAAGAAUGUAUACAGCAAGGCAUCCGAAAAAAGGCGUAUGUACAAAAAGAAAAUGAAGUACAAAGAAAUCCGUAAAUAUAAGAUAUUAAUUUAACUGUUAAAUUAUUGAUAUUAAACUUAAGAUACAAUCGUUUCAUUUCUUCACUUUGUACAGAAUAUACUCAUUCAUCAAUAAUAAUUGCUUGUAUUAUAAAAUGUGAUGAAUAUGAGUCUUGCAUUUUUUUUUGUUCUAUAAAGAGAGGUGAGAUUUUUGGAGCAUUAAAUAUAGUGUGUUUAUAACUAAAAA